ACUAGACCUGAACAGCGGCAGAAGCUCUAAUAAAAUACAACGCUUUCUGCUUAAAGUAUCUGGCGUGAGAGAAAUUAUCCUCUUCUGCCCAAAACGAAGUCUGAGCGAUGCUCUAUUACACUGGCCUGACAGGGGUUUUCUCUGGUGACGCUACCGAAACGAAUCGACUUGUCUUCCCUGACAGUGACAUCCAGUGACAUGGUCAGCUGAUGCCUAGAGCUGUCACGUGACCGAGGAUACCGCACAGCUGUGAAAAUAGUCUUUCAAUCCGGCGACAAGGGGACAGCUCGUUCCUUCCUGACCUGCUGAAGAUCUUCAGGAAAAUGAAUUCCGAAGAUCUUCAACCUCUGCUGGAUUCUCCCAGGCGUGAGGGGAACGAGAGUCUCCUUAACAGAUAUUUAAACAAUGUCCAGAACAAGAACCUGUAUUUGGCAACAUUCGCUGCCGUCCUUGGACCUUUAAGCUUCGGGUUUGUCCUGGGCUACAGUUCCCCGGCUAUUGCAGAGCUAACGGAUGCGGACGACCCUCAUUUGGCAUUAGACAAAAAUGCAGCAUCGUGGUUUGGGUCUAUUGUUACAAUCGGAGCAGCGGCUGGAGGGAUAUUCGGGGGCUGGAUCGUAGAUCGGAUUGGAAGGAAGCUCAGUUUGAUGCUCUGCUCCUUGCCGUUCGUUUUGGGCUUUACGCUCAUCAUAUCCGCACAGAACGUUUGGAUGUUGCUCAUGGGACGGCUGCUAACUGGACUCGCCAGCGGAAUCACCUCAUUGGUUGUUCCUGUCUAUAUUUCAGAAACAUCCCACUCCAGAGUUCGAGGCACCCUUGGGUCCUGUGUUCAGCUGAUGGUUGUGACGGGCAUAGUGGGUUCAUACAUUGCAGGGAUGUUGCUGGAUUGGCGCUGGCUUGCCGUGCUCUGCUGCGUCCCACCUCUUCUCAUGCUGAUAUUCAUGUGCUUCAUGCCAGAGACCCCCAGAUAUCUCAUCCAACAAGAUAAAACUUUGGAAGCAAUGGCUGCCUUAAAGUUCCUGCGGGGCCCCCAUGCCGACCAUGAGUGGGAAUACAGGCAGAUUGAGUCUAGUGGGGAUGACCAGGAGACCAGCUUGGCGUUAUCGGAACUGAGAAAUCCCGCCAUUUACAAGCCUUUCCUGAUCGGGAUUUUCAUGAUGUUCUUUCAGCAGUUCACUGGGAUCAACGCAAUCAUGUUCUACGCCAACACCAUCUUUGAAGAAGCCAAUUUUAAGAACAGCAGCCUGGCGUCCGUCAUCAUAGGGCUGGUCCAAGUGGCUUUUACAGCAGUAGCCGCCAUGAUAAUGGAUAAAGCUGGACGGAAAGUCUUGCUCUUUAUUUCCGGGAUCACCAUGGCUAUCAGUGCAGGGGUGUUUGCCAUCUACUUUAAACUUACAGCGACUGUUGUGAAUAACUCUUCGGGAUUGCUUUCAUCACCCACCAGCGCCCCCAUUGGUCCGGUGGAUCACCUAGCGUGGUUGGCUCUAGCUAGCAUGGGACUGUUUAUAGCAGGCUUUGCAAUUGGCUGGGGUCCCAUUCCUUGGCUAAUCAUGUCUGAAAUCUUCCCUCUCCGGGCACGGGGUGUAGCCAGCGGCGUGUGCGUUGUUACCAACUGGGGCUGCGCUUUUCUAGUAACAAAAGAGUUUCAUGACCUUAUGGUUUCUCUCACUACUUAUGGGACCUUUGGUCUCUUUGCCGGUUUCUGCGCCGUUAGCGUCCUAUUCACGUCGUUCUACGUCCCCGAGACCAAAGGGAAAACACUGGAGCAGAUCGAAGUUCAUUUUCGCGGCUCAGGCAGCGCCCAACGAUAUGGAUCAAUCGCUGACUCUAUUCAGUAGCGGAAUGGGAAUUCCGGAGAAUUUCGAGCGUAAAAAGGCUUCCCCUUUCUGGGGGCUUGUAGGUAGACAGUCUGAUUAAGCUUUCGUAUGUACAAUUGAGAGUGACUACACUAUUGCACAUACUCGGAGUUGGUUACAAUGGACAUGUUGUUUAUAGAGCACCCACUUUGGGCGUCAGGCCCACCAGAGACCAAGGGCUCACUCACUAAUUCAUUUUCUAUGUUAUAUUUCUCACUGAGGAAUUGGGCUCCCUUUAUUUACCUUUUUUAUCGUCUUAACGUGUGUAGAAGGAGAUCAUGCCACUGAUUGGCCGCUGAUCCUGUCUGUCAUUUUAUCUAUGCAAAUAGGGGAUAUUCCUCAGGAGGCGACUUCGGAAAACGAAGCACUUCGAGUUCGAUUCUAGCCGACAGGAAGGCAGUUCGGGGAGAUUAGUCGCCCGAAGAAGAGGCGAUUUGUCGCUGGGAGACUAAUCUCCCCGAAUCUCCACGUGUGUCUCUGCCCUAAUCUUUGGAUUAAAUACUUGAGUAUGUCCAUUUCUCCAUUUGUUUAACUCGCACAUAGAUUAUAGGAGCAAGAGAAUGCAAUAGGGUUCCAACAGCAGAAUGGAUUUUAUUUUAUAUAUAGUUUGAGUAUUAGUUAAGCCUUUGCAAGGAGCUAAGUAAUAGCAGGGUAAGGGUCAGGGCACACCAUCAGAUUCGGGAAGAUUAGUCGCCCGGCGUCUCCCUGAACUGCCUCUUGCCGGCUAGAAUGUAAACAGCUGGCGAGAUGGCACUCGGAGUGCUUCGUUUCCCUCGUGAGGCGACUUCGGAAAACGAAGAAAUCUGAGUGCCAUCCCACCGGCGAUUUACAUUCUAGCCGACGGGAGGCAGUUUGGGGAGAUUAGUCGCCCCGAAGACGAGGAGAUUUGUCGCUGGGCGACUAAUCUCCCCAAAUCUAAGAAUUAAUGACUCACAGCUUCCGAGCUUAAAUGGGGAUGUCAUUCCUGAUUGUGAAUACAGCAUUUCCGACCCUUUUUUUUUUAUAAUUUUCUAUUUUAUAAAGGUUAAGUGAUUUUGUUUACAGUGUCUCAGCUCAGUGUUCUUACCUCUCCUGCUCUCCUCGUUAAAACAGCCGAAGGCGUCUCCAGGUAGAGGUGCAGUGAAGGUAAAGGAGCUUUUGAGACGAAGGCUAAUUCCUCCGAUGCUGAGUGUAGCCCUAGAAACAGCCAUAAAGCAGCACAGGUGACUAUAAACAUUCUCAGAAGUAAAGAUGUUUUCCUUUUUAAUCCAUAGUUUCUUUAGCCUUAUUAUUGUACUGGGAUUAAUAUAAAUGAAGCUCCUAUCAGGUGGAAAAUACACACACGUCAGUGUUUUUUAGUCUAAACCAGCCAACCAACACACAUAAGGGGUUGGAGGAGGAGAGAGGUAAAUUGUUUUUACGCUGGAGGAGAUAUCUGUUUUUUAAUACACAUAUGGGAUCUGUUAUCCGAAAACCCGUUAUCCAGAAAGUUCCGAAUUACAGAAAGGCCAUCUCCCAUAGACUCCAUAUUAUCCAAAUGUUUAAAAAUGAUUUCCUUUUUCUCUGUAAUAAUAAAACAAUGCAUUGAACUUGAUCCAAA